CACUGUUCCUCCCAAGUCCUCCUCCAACUUUCAACCAUCACCUCUCCACUCCCAUCCGAAGUCGCCCUUAUUCAUCUGUCAAGAUGUUCAAGAGCGGCAUUUCCUCCUUCGCCCGGGCGGCUCGCCCUUCCUUCGCGGCGACCGCUUCCCGUCGCGCCAUCAGACCUUCUACCUUCAGACUCCCUGCCACCAGCAGAUUCGCCAGCACCGCCGGUGUCGGUGAUGGAAAGAUCUACCAGGUCAUUGGUGCCGUCGUCGACGGUUCGUAACCGAGAAAAAACCCUUCAGGGGUUUCAACUUCAUCGCCGAAGCAUCAAUACUGACUCAUGAAUACAGUCAAGUUCGACACUGCCAAGCUCCCUGCUAUUCUGAACGCCCUCGAGACGACGAACAACGACCAGAAGCUGGUCCUUGAGGUCGCGCAACACUUGGGUGAGAAUGUCGUCCGCUGCAUUGCCAUGGACGGUACCGAGGGUCUCGUCCGUGGCCGCCCUGCCACCGACACUGGUGCCCCCAUCACCAUCCCCGUCGGCCCCGAGACUCUGGGCCGUAUCAUGAACGUCACUGGUGACCCCAUUGACGAGCGUGGCCCUAUCAAGUCCAGCAAGAGACUGCCCAUUCACACCGAGCCCCCCGCGUUCAUCGACCAGUCCACCACCGCCGAGGUUCUCGUCACCGGUAUCAAGGUUGUCGACCUGCUCGCCCCCUACGCCCGUGGUGGAAAGAUUGGUCUCUUCGGUGGUGCCGGUGUCGGCAAGACCGUCUUCAUUCAGGAGUUGAUCAACAACAUCGCCAAGGCCCACGGUGGUUACUCUGUCUUCACUGGUGUCGGUGAGCGUACCCGUGAGGGUAACGAUCUGUACCACGAGAUGCAGGAGACUUCUGUCAUUCAACUUGAUGGCGAGUCCAAGGUCGCCUUGGUGUUCGGUCAGAUGAACGAGCCCCCAGGUGCCCGUGCCCGUGUUGCCCUGACUGGCCUGACUAUUGCCGAGUACUUCCGUGACGAAGAAGGACAGGAUGUGUUGCUCUUCAUUGACAACAUUUUCCGUUUCACCCAGGCCGGUUCCGAGGUGUCUGCCCUUCUGGGUCGUAUCCCCUCUGCCGUCGGUUACCAGCCCACCCUCGCCAUCGACAUGGGUGGUAUGCAGGAGCGUAUUACCACCACCAAGAAGGGUUCCAUUACUUCCGUCCAGGCCGUCUACGUCCCUGCUGACGAUUUGACUGACCCUGCCCCUGCCACCACCUUCGCUCACUUGGACGCCACCACUGUCCUGUCCCGUGGUAUCUCCGAGUUGGGUAUCUACCCCGCUGUCGACCCUCUUGACUCCAAGUCUCGUAUGCUGGACCCCCGUAUUGUCGGCCAGGACCACUACGACACCGCCACCCGUGUCCAGCAGAUCCUCCAGGAGUACAAGUCCCUCCAGGAUAUCAUUGCCAUUCUGGGUAUGGACGAACUUUCCGAGGCCGACAAGCUCACCGUCGAGCGUGCCCGUAAGAUCCAGCGCUUCCUGUCGCAGCCCUUCACCGUCGCCCAGGUUUUCACUGGUAUCGAGGGUAAGCUCGUCGACCUGAAGGAGACCAUCAACUCGUUCAAGGCCAUUCUUAGCGGUGAGGGUGACAACCUUCCCGAGGGUGCCUUCUACAUGGUUGGUGACUUCGCCUCAGCCAAGGAGAAGGGUGAGAAGAUCCUUGCGGAUCUGGAGAAGAACUAAACGACUCGCGACGAAAAUACCAAAUCACGUCGAGAGUGGGGCAUUAAGCCUGUGUAUAGAAGAGGAACGAUGGAACGGGGAGGUUUCUUAGCUCAAUUCAAGUUUCUUUUGUGAGCUGUGUACCAAGAAAUCUACUUAAUUCCUCUUGUAGUUGAGAGAAUCUCCUUAUUU